AAAAUAUAUCGUAAACAGCAAAUAAUACAACAUCGUCAUCAUCAUGGACCGACACAAGGCUGAUUGUUGCAAGUGUCACAAACAAGUUCAACCUGCCCAGCAGACUAUCACGGAUAUGGAAUUUGAUCGAGGCAUUUGGAAUGCAGUAAUAUACAAUGAAGUUGAUCGGGUGCGCAGUUUUAUCCAAAAAGGUAAAACCAUGGAUUUGGAUAAUUGUGAUUAUACAGCUUUACAUUAUGCGGCGCGUAAUGGCAACGAAGAAAUCUGUAAACUACUCAUUAAUGAGGGCAAAGCUGAUGUCAAUGCCGUUACCAAGGGUGGUGUUACACCCUUGCAUCGUGCAGCUAUGAUGGGUCACCUUCACAUAGUUAAACUAUUGGUGAACAGUGCCCAUGCCAAUGUUGAUAUACAGGAUGAUGAUGGUCAAACGGCCUUGCAUCGCUCUGCAAUCGGUGGCCAUUUGGAAGUUAGUAAAUUUCUUCUCGAGAAAAAUCCCAAACUCAAAGAUGUAGCCGAUAAUAAGAAUAAAAUACCAUUUGAAUAUUUAGCAAAGAAUGCCAAUGAUGAUUUCAAAUUGCUGCUUAAACCCUAAAAAUCUAAAUCUAAUCCCCCGCAAAAAAGAGGAUUCAAAAUAAAUUACUAUACACACACACACACACACACAAAAUAUAUCUCUAUUUAUCUGUAUACAUUUAUUAAUAAUCCAUAAUCGUGCAUAAAAUAUAAAAUAUUUUGUCUCUUUUUUUAGAAGAAAAAAUCAAAUUAAGUGCAUUUCAACAUUGAAAAACAAAAAUAUAACAAUUUAUAUAUUUCAACUUUAACUAACCAAUAAAGUAUUUUUAAAGAUUAUUACUAAACCAACAAAAAAAAGAAGUACAUACCUACAUGUGUAGCAUAAAGUUAUUUAAUGAAUAAAUAAGAAUAUAGUUAAAAAAAUA